CCAAACGGGGGGGAAUAACGGACGUAAACAUUAAAAAUGGCUGCCUCCUUGAACAACGUGGCUGUCGGGAAUGUCUACACAAGUGUAGGAUGUAAUCGAACUCCGCACGCUCUUGAUUGGGGAAAUAAUGAUUUGGUCUGUUUUGCUUCGUCUCGUGCCGUCACUGUCUAUGAUCCAAAGUUUGCUGAUAAUCAUGGCAAGAUUUUGCAUACUCUCUGUGAGCACCAGGACAGAGUUAAUUGUAUGCGGUGGAUUCAAGAUGGGCAACAAUCACAGGAAAAAGAAUUUGUAAGCGGAUCUGUAGACAAAACUGUUAUCGUUUGGGCUUGCAGCAAGACUUCUUCUGGCAUCAUUUGCUCAAAAGCGGCCACAUUAACAGGCUUGGAAACCAGUGUUAACUCAGUCGAUGGAUUCUAUUGGAAAUACAAAGAAAAUAUCGCCACUGUUGUUGUAGCAGUUGGAGGAGAUCAAAUUUGUGUGUGGUUACGAGAUAAUUUUAAUGGAGAAUGGAGGGUUUUGCAAAAGUUUUUGUCAAAACCAGUCUUGAUGUUUGACUGUGCAGUUAAUUUAUUACCUGGUUGCCAAGUCCCUCUCCUUGCAUGUGCUGGUGAUGAUGGAUCCAUUCAGUUAUUCAAUUUUGAAAUAUCAAAGGGAGAACUUUCUUGUGUAAGAACAAUGAAAGUUCCUGGUCAUGAGGACUGGAUUCGUGCCCUAGCCUUUACUGUAGAAGAUGGUGGUGAUUUGCUGCUAGCUUCUGCAGCUCAAGACACACUCAUUCGUGUUUGGAGGAUUUCUUCAGAAGUCAGCAAGGAUCAGCAGUCUCAGUCUGAUAACAGCAAGUUAGCCCUCCAAUCCAAUCAGGGAGACUUCUGUGUUAUUUUUGAAGAAGAGCACAAGUUUAAGUGUCAAUUGGAAACGGUUUUGCAAGGCCAUGAGAACUGGGUGUACGGCAUCCAUUGGCAAUCGCCCGUGCUAAAAGAUGGCAUCCGAAAAAAUCCCCUGCGGUUACUCUCCUGUUCCAUGGACAAAACCAUGACGAUCUGGGGAGUAGAUCCAUCCAGUGGCGUUUGGUAUGAUCAAGUCCGUGUGGGAGAAAUCGGUGGAAACACAUUGGGCCUUUAUGGCUGCCGAUUUGGGAAUCAGGGAACCUCCAUCCUGGCUCAUGGAUAUCAGGGCGCCCUUCAUCUGUGGCACGAUGUUGAGGGCCAAUGGCAUCCAGGUGUCGUGUGUAGCGGGCACUUUGAUUCCGUAGAAGACUUCAUAUGGGAUCCUAGUGGUGACUUUGCUCUUACUGCCAGUAUCGAUCAGACCACUAGACUCCAUGCACCUUGGAUUCAAGAGUCUAACCAAGAGGUUACGUGGCACGAAAUAAGUCGUCCUCAAAUUCAUGGUUAUGAUUUGUCCUGCAUUGCGUCUCUCGGACGCUUCCGGUUUGCUUCCGGAGCAGAAGAGAAAGUCAUCCGAGUUUUUGAAGCCCCUCACAAUUUUCUAGAGAACUUUUCCCGGAUCUGUCGUAUUGAUCUGCCAAUUCCAGAACUGCAGGGUGCUCCUCAGGGAGCUGCUGUUCCAGCCUUGGGUCUUUCCAAUAAACCCGUUUACCAAACAGCCGAGACCGAAGCUCCUAAAGCUCCACAUUCAAAAUCGGAUUUGUAUGCAGAAAACCACUUUACGGCAACUCAUCUCAUUGCUCCCCCAACUGAAGAGACUCUCCUUCAAAACACACUGUGGCCCGAGGUGCAGAAACUGUACGGGCACGGGUACGAGCUCUUCAGUCUGGCGGCUGAUCCUCAGUGCCAACUGUUGGUGUCGGCCUCGAAGGCCCAGAAGGCAGAACACGCAUCCAUCAUCAUUUGGGACACGAGCGAUUGGAGUCUGAUUGGAAAACUGGAAGCCCAUGCUCUGACGGUUUCCCAAAUGGCCUUUUCACCCGACGGCCUGAAACUCGUCUCAGUUUCGCGUGACCGGAAUUGGGCUGUUCACGAUAAAGUUCAAACCGAGGAAGGAAAAUUCACGUUGAAGACAGUGGCGAAGGGCAGCGGCGGAAGCCGGAUCUUGUGGUCCUGUCACUGGACGCAUGAUUCGCGUUACUUCUUGACCGGAUCACGCGACAAGCGUGUUAUCGUCUGGGAGCCUACCACCGUCGAUGAUGUAUCGUCAUACCGGAUAAGCGGGCAACCACUCGAGUGUGCCGAUUCCGUCACAGCUGUAGCGUGCAGUCCCAACAGAUUACCGAAUGGAUUUUAUCUGGUCGCCAUCGGUUUGGACAGCGGUCAGAUCCUGUUUUACACGUGGAAUCCUUUGCCUUCAGAUUCCGCCCCUCAGUGGAACAUUCUGGCCUCGCUCAAUCAAAGUCAAGCUCAUCAUAUGACGGUGAAGCGACUCAGAUUCCGACCAGACCACAAUACCGCCGACGGCCAGACUUUACAGCUGGCCUCGUGUGGCGCCGACAACACCUUCAAAAUUUUCAAUCUGGCGUUGGAGUAACAUGCAAGUUUAUCAUCUUUUGUACGUUAUCACUUCUCUUUUCUCUAAAAAUAUAUGCGCAUGCAAUGCACAGACUGAA